UCAAAUAUGCCUGGAUCCGAGUCUCAUACGGACACAAGAAGAAGGCCUUCCUCAGGUUCUCUUACCGAAACUAUACUCCUUAUAUGGCGGGAGAAAUGCGUGACUACAACCCAUGCUCACCUACACUNCAACCAUAUGCUGCUGAUUACAUUGGUCUGGCCAUAAUACUUCCAAUCUGGAUAUGUCUACAACUCUUCAUUUUCACCGAGCCAUUUCAUCGCAUGUUCGCUCUGGAUGAUCGAAGAAUCCAAUACCCUCAUGCCGACAUUGAGCAUGUGCCUGUAACCUGGCUCUUGAUAUAUGCUGGCCUUUUCCCCUUUGCAAUCCUCCUGGUGUGGAGUUUCGCCUUCUUCAAACCUCACAAGACACAUGUCACCUUACUGGGCUUCGGAACCAUAGGCAGACCACGCCCCGACCUCCUCGCCCGCUGCCAACCCAAACCUGGAACCCCAGAACACGAAUUGAUCACCUAUCUCUCCUGCACAAACCCAAACCACCACGUAUUGCACGACGGCUGGCGCAGUUUCCCUUCUGGCCACAGUUCCUUUGCCUUCUCUGGCCUGGGCUACCUUUCCUUUUUCCUACUCUCCCAAUUCCGCAUCUUGCACCCACGAGCAGGACUCUAUCGCACUUUGGUUGCUUUCUCGCCGUUCUUGGGUGCUGCGUUGAUUGCCAUCUCCAGAUUGGAGGAUUACAGACAUGAUGUUUUUGAUGUUGUGGUGGGAAGUUUUCUGGGUUUGGGGAUUGGGUAUGGGGUUUGGAGGAGAUGGUUUCCGGCUUUGGGGGAUAGAGGGUGUGAUGAGCCGCAUGAUGCUUUUGGGGAGACAGGUGAGCAAGCGGUGUUUGAGAGGAUCAGGGAUGAAGAGGAGAUGGUGGGUCAAGGCUUUGAGAUGCAGAGUAGAGAAGGAGGUGGCUAUUUGGGCACUGCCAUUCGA